CAAGCGAUCAUUCCCAGACAAGCACAGGCACAUGAAACAUGGCAGAGCAGACACAUACCGCUCAUUCCCCGGGGUUAGAGGAGAUACAUCCUGCGCAUUCCCCGGGGUUAGAGGAGAUACAUCCUGCGCAUUCCCCGGGGUUAGGCACCGCUCGAGAGCACGGCAUGAAUCUGCAUAAGAGACAAGCGCGAGUUACAGUAAAAUACAACCGCAAGGAGCUCCAGAAAAGGCUGGACGUGGAGAAAUGGAUCGACGACUCGCUUGACAAGCUAUUCGAGGGCAAGGACAUGCCAGAGGAGGUGAAGAUUGAUGAUUUGUUGGAUCUCCUGAGUGAUGACGAGCGAGCACAAAAACUACAGGUGCUACUGCAAACCUGUCCCAGCAGCACUGAGGCCUUCAUUGCUGAGUUGUUGCAGAAAUUGCAUGGUCUCCACAAACAGGAAGACUUGCAGAAUGAGGGAAUUGAGCAUCCCUUUCUCCACAGUUACCCUCAUCAUCAUGGCAACAUCCAUCAUCAUCACAGAGACAAUUAUCAACAUCGAACACAUCAGACACUGUGAUUGUAUCCCAGCGCUGCAGUUUGCAAUAUCACUGGACUGAGCUAACUAACACACAGCCUCUGGACACAGCAUGCCCAACUAGUUUGCAACUCUGUAACUGUAAGGUGUUUGUUUACAGACUUAUAUUAGUGGAACAUUAACGUUGCUCAGUUUUGGUGUCGGUUAGUAAAUAUAUGUUUGUAUAGUAGAGUUGUCUUAAAAUGAAUAUGGUUGCAUCGCUCUUGGCUACUUGGUGAACUGCAGCUGUGUGUUGUUUGGUUACUAAAGUUUGAUUGAUUGCAAACUUGCAUACUACUAGUCUCACUAUUUAAAGUUGAAUCUGGUGCCAUUGGUUUUUAUGGAGUCUUUUUUUCUGUGCAACUUAACAAUUUACUAAGACACAUGACCAGUGACAGGCUCAUAAGAAGAAUAGUUGUUAUAUUGGCUAUAUAUGGAAAUAUAAAUAAGUUGAAUAAUAUUUUAUGAACUGAUAGAUUUGAUUAAAUAAAAGUUUUAACAAAAGAAGGACAGUUAUUUUGAAUCUGUGUGAGAAGCAGAAUGGUACGCGGGUGUGUUAUAACGUAGCGUCCACUAGAGGACGAUAUAACACUGAAGUAUUGCAGAGACGAACUGGCGUAUUUACACUGUAAGGCCACUUGACCGUAGACAGAACAGGAAUGUAAAAGGAAGGUAUUAAAGAUGAAUGGUUUUUAUUUAUGCGUUUAUGAAUUUACUAAUACAACUGAGUGCAAAAUUAGAAAAACCUUCUGUUUUUAUGUUUAUAAAUAAUUAUAUAAGAAUUUUAUUAUUGACCAAAACAAUGCUAUUUGCAAAACACAUGACCAUCCAACCAGCAUUUAAUUUUUUUUUUUUUUUUUUUACUACAACAAAUUCCUCUUUCAUGUGCUUGAAAAAAUAUUUUAAAGGGAUAGUUCACCCAAAAAUGAAAAUUCUCUCAUCAUUUAUUUACCCUCAUGCCAUCCCAGAUGAGUAUGACAUUCUUUCUUCACCAGACCACAAACAAAUUUUUUUUUUAAAAUACCUCAGUGAGCAGAAUAGCAUCUCAGAAUGCACACCACGUCGAACCUUGAAGUGGA